AUGAAUGGUUCCCGACUGCUGCCAUUCUUCCAACGGCCGAGUCUUAUAAGUAUCGUUCGCUUCCCAAAUGAGGAGUGUUUUGACUCGAGUAACCAAACGGGCACUUGUUAUACACCGUUAGAGUGCAAGAAACUCGGAGGAGUUCCCAGCAGUCCCUGUGCCCGUGGAUUAGGUGCCUGUUGUAUAGUGUCGCGUUCGUGUCAUAACACGACAUACAAUAAAGUGGUUUACUUUAAGAAUCCCAGUUAUCCUCUAUCGGACACUCAGGCAAACUUCUGUGACUUAACAGUCAAUAUAUAUGACACAGACGUCUGUCAACUAAGACUUGACUUUAUGGACUUCCAGUUGGAUCAGCCCACACAAGGCAACUGUUUGGGAGAUAAAUUCAGAAUCUCGUCGUCGGGUUUCGCGCCACUAAGUGUUCCCGUUAUCUGUGGACUUAACCGCAAUCAACAUAUGUAUAUCAGUUUACCGCGUGAUCUGCCUGAGAGGUCAGCGUCUGUAGUGUUUGAGACCAACUCUGUGGGUGACUAUCGAUGGCACGUUAGGAUCACUCAAAUCGACUGCAAUUUCAGGAAUAAGAAGAAUUUGCUGUCCGAUAGAAAUUCGCGACAAUUCGGAUUCGGCUCAGGCCUCGGCUCCAACACCCCUUACAUCCCAUUCCUGCCCCGAGCACAUCCUCCAUAUUCAUUGCCCGCACCAAUGGGUUGCUUACAAUACUUCACUCAACCGAGCGGUACUAUCGAGAGCUUCAAUUUCGGUGAAUACCUAAAUAACAUGGAUUACGGCAUUUGCAUUGAACGGCUGCCAAACACAUGUCGAGUCACAUUCACAGCUUCCGACUUCGUGUGGUCUAUGGACAGCAGUCAACCCAAUAAAGAGCGGUCAGGAGUGGGCGACAAUGUCUGCGACAACGACUAUCUCCUGAUUCCUGCGGCCUCUCAGAGGGGAGACGCUCCUACUUUUGACCGAUACUGCGGCGGACGACUCCACUACCAGUCAGAUAUGCUGAACGACGCGCCGGUAGUGACCAAAGCCAACGGACCCAUUGUAUUGCGCUUCCAUUCAGACCCUUUCCAAUUGGCCGCCGAUUAUAAGGACGGCUUUCGGCUCCGAUACGAACAAAAUUCGCGACAAUUCGGAUUCGGCUCAGGCCUCGGCUCCAACACCCCUUACAUCCCAUUCCUGCCCCGAGCACAUCCUCCAUAUUCAUUGCCCGCACCAAUGGGUUGCUUACAAUACUUCACUCAAACGAGCGGUACUAUCGAGAGCUUCAAUUUCGGUGAAUACCUAAAUAACAUGGAUUACGGCAUUUGCAUUGAACGCCAGCCCAACACAUGUCGGGUCACAUUCACAGCUUCCGACUUCGUCUGGUCUAUGGACAGCACUCAACCCAAUAAAGAGCGGUCAGGAGUGGGCGACAAUGUCUGCGACAACGACUAUCUCCUGAUUCCUGCGGCCUCUCAGAGGGGAGACGCUCCUACUUAUGACCGAUACUGCGGCGGACGACUCCACUAUCAGUCAGAUAUGCUGAACGACGCGCCGGUAGUGACCAAAGCCAACGGACCCAUUGUAUUGCGCUUCCAUUCAGACCCUUUCCAAUUGGCCGCCGAUUAUAAGGACGGCUUUCGGCUCCGAUACGAA